UGGGUUUUGCAGUGCUUUAGUGAUCGACCACCCUCAGUUAUCUAGGCAACGUUCGUUAUGAUCGGUAGUAAUGUGUCCCUCAACUGGUAAAAGUGAAUCUGUGGACUAUUUGGCUGUCAGCCUGCGAUCUAAAUCGGCAAAUUAAAUACACGGAAGUGUUACAAGAAAAUAAUUUUGUGAUUAUAUCGGUUGAUUUCAAGUUUUAAUUUUGUGAUACGUUCGUUGAUUAGUUCUUAUACAACAACAUUGGCCAUAUCCCUCAAGUCUUUCAUUGGUCAGGGAUAAGUUAAAUCCAUUAACUAUUGUGAUUGAAGAUUCAAAAAUUGAGUUUGUCAAAAUUGGAUUAAGCUAGUGCGGAGGGUUGAAAAGAUCAUCGCAGAUUGAAGAGUGAUCUCCACAUUGUAAGAGUUUCGAGCAUUUAAACAGAUUAAGCCAUUGUGCUUUGUUCGUGGUUCGUGAGUGAUUUAAAGAGUUUUUACAUCCACCAUCCUCAAGCCCCAGGCGGCAUUAUACAUCAAGAUGACUGAUGUGGACUAUAUCAUAUCGCAGCUGCAGCACUUCACAUGGCCCGAUUACGUGGUAUUCGUGGCCAUGUUCAUCCUGUGCAUCUUCAUUGGCAUUUACUUUGGCUUUAUGGAAAAAUCAUCGGGCGAAUCGGAUUAUCUGAUGGGAGGACGUAACAUGUUGUGUCUGCCCAUAGCCUUGUCACUGGUGGCCAGUUUCAUAUCGGGUAUAACGCUGCUGGGCCUGCCUACCGAAAUCUAUUCCUAUGGCAUUCAAUAUUUGUAUGUGUCACUGGGUGUCAUAACCAUGGGGUUUGUUAUGGCCAUUUACUAUUUGCCCGUCUUCCAUGAUUUGAACAUCACUUCCACAUAUGAGUACCUGGAGAGUCGUUUCGACCGAAGAUUACGCAUGUUUGGCUCAGUUAUGUUUACCAUCAUGAAUAUCGGUUACCUGCCCAUAGUCAUUUAUGUGCCAGCGUUGGCCUUCAAUCAGGUGACAGGUGUUGCAGUCCACACCAUUACUCCCAUAGUAUGCAUCAUUUGCAUAUUCUACACCACUUUGGGUGGUCUGAAAGCUGUGGUCUGGACCGAUGUGGUUCAAAUUAUUUCUAUGGUGGGAGCUUUGAUUUUGGUAGCCGUCAAGGGUAGCAUUGACAUAGGCGGUGCUUCUAAGGUCUUUGAAAAUGCUUGGGAAUCGGGAAGAAUUGAAGGACCAGACAUGAGUGUAAAUCCCACUGUUAGACACACAUUGUGGUCCCAGCUGAUUGGUGGUGUUUUCUAUUGGACCCAAACCAAUGCGGUGUCACAAAACAUGAUUCAACGUUACUUGGCCCUGCCCACAUUGGCUUCGGCACGUAAGGCUUUGGCUUUGUUCUGCCUUGGCGUUCUUACACUGAUGGGUCUCUGCAGCUACAAUGGUCUACUGAUGUAUGCCACUUAUAAGCAAUGUGAUCCACUGACUACAAAGUUGGCUAAAGCCAGAGAUCAACUGCUGCCUUUAUUUGUCAUGGAAACUUUGGGAGAAUAUCCAGGUCUAACAGGUCUCUUUAUAGCCGGUGUCUUCAGUGCGGCUUUGAGUUCUUUAUCCACGUGCUUAAAUUCCAUGUCUGCUGUAGUAUUGGAGGAUUUCGUUAAACCCUUCGUAAAGCGGCCUCUGUCGGAAACUGCCAUCAAUUGGAUCAUGCGUUCGGUGGUGGUGUCAAUGGGAACAUUGUGCGUCUUCCUGGUGUAUAUUGUGGAACACAUGGGUACCGUCCUUCAGUUAACCAUGAGUUUGGAAGCCAUCACCAAUGGUCCACUGCUGGGCAUAUUCACGAUUGGAGUUUUUAUGCCAUGGAUUAAUGGGAAUAGCGCUCUCAUAGGUGGCAUUGUUGGUGUGAUUGGCAUGUCCUGGGUCAGUUUAAAGGCCCAAUGGGCCGUUGCAUCCGGUGCAAUGGUGUAUGAAACAAAACCUCUGACUGUUGAACAUUGUGAUUACAAAUUUGAUGCUGCCUCAUUGGUUUCCGCAGCGAAUUCCACCAUUUCCGCCCAAGACUCUGAGGAAAUUUUCCCCUUGUACCGAAUAUCUUACAUGUGGUACACAUGCUUAGGUGCUUGUUUGACGAUGACCAUUGCCAUUGGCUGGCAUUUCAUUUUUGGCGGUAACAAUCCCAAGGCGGUAGACCAGACGCUGUUGUCACCCUGCAUACGAAAAUAUUUCCGCAGUGAUGAAAGUCAUUUGCAAACUAAGGAUACUAAAAAAGACAUUCCGUUAAAAAAUAAGAGAAGUGAUGAUGAAGAAGCCUUGUGAGUCAACCAACCAUGAUUAGCCAAGCCAAGUUGGAGGAACAAUGUGCCAGUGUGUUAUGCUAGUUUUAGUUGUUAAAAGUAUUAAAAAACCUAAAGUUAAUCUCAACUGCAUUGAUUAUUGUAAAUACGAUAUUAUAUUAAUUUUAAUUUAGAGAAAUUGAUAACGAAUAUAUUCCGUGUUGUCAUAGAAAAUCAAAUUUGCCAUGUAAAAACGUACACAGUUCUUGCCUAAGGUAAAGAUUCACUUUACAAAUCUACAAAUGUGUUAUCGAUUUUAGAUAACAAUAAUUUUUGUUAAAUUAAACCAAAAUGUAAUUACACAAAAGUUAUAUAAAUUUUUUGAAACCAAAGAAUAUUAAUGUAAAUUAAAAAUUUUUAAGAAAGAGCGAGAAUUAUGCCGCAAAAAUAAAAAUAAAAGACAGUCAAAUGAAUUGAACACCAGUAGUGUCAUUCUCUAAAUCCUUACCGACAAACUUAACGAUAUUUGUCGGUAAGUGCUAUUCUGUAUUCAAAAUUUACCGAAAUUUGCCGGUAAGAACUUUCGGUAACUACCAAAAAUGAUCGUUCAUUUGACAACCAAAAAUAGUAGUCGUUAAGUCUAACUGACAAAUAUUUGAAAAUUUUAAAAAUAAAAUUUUAAAGAGAAACA